AUGGAGCCUGAGGAGCACAAGGACCUGGAAACAGUCGUCCGCGACGCUCGGAAGGCGGAGAAGGCUGCUCGCGAGAGCGAGACAGUGCAAGGUGGGGACGUCAAGGCGUCUGCAGUUCAAGAUCAGCCUGCUGCUGGAUCGCAAACUCAGGAGAAAGAGGUUUCCCCUGAGUGCCAAGGUUCGACGGAGACGAAUCCUGGGUCGCGAAUCCUUGAAGUCCCAGAGGAGCACACCCGCGAGGGUGGUGCUCAGGCGUCUGAGGGAGGCGCCAAUGCGGUUGAGCGCCCGGAGGUGAUUGACUUGGUCUCAUCUUCGGGCGAGUCUGUUGUGGAAGUGAAGCCGGAGCCCGUGCGAGUGAAGGGGGAGGCGAAGACUCAGAGUUCCAAGGUGAAUUCUGGGUUCGCACCACCUGAACCCAGAGUUUCAGCGCCAAGUUCGCAAACGGCACCCAGGAAGACGCCUGAAAGCGACAUCCGGGAAGCUGCUGCGCCUGCUCCGGAAUUGGGAGCAGCGGUGUUGGACACUGAGAGCAUGGCGCUGUACGUCCGACGUGAAGUUCGACGCUGGGAAGAGGUGAAUCCUGGGAAGGUGACGCCCCCGAGUGUCGUCUAUGAGUGGCCGACUCCGAAACCGGACGCUAACUCGUACUUCGCGGCCGCAUACGCAACGGGAGACUAUUUCAAGUGGCGUUUGGCUCUGGCGAACCAAGAUGAUGCCUGGAUCUCUGAGUUUCACCUCGCCCAGUGGGGCGUCGGAACUGCCCAGGAUCUCAUGGCGACCACGAUUCCCCUGAAUAUCAUGUCCGCACGCGAGUGCGUCGCCAUUCUGCAGACUCUGUUCUUCGAAGCUGGUUUCGAGUUUGUCAACUUGAUUCCUGGCUGGUCUACAACGCGUACUUCCAGGAUUCCAGAAAGCCUGGUACGCUCGGACAUGGAGGACACUCAGAAUUUCAUCGCGGUUGAGCUGGUUGAGCGAAGACUGGUGAUCGCUGGUGUGCCUUUCAAGGUGAACUCUGAAGACCAACUUGCACCAAGCAUUCAAGAUCAGGCGCCGAGACUGGAUUACCACAGGGAAGAUGGAGACGGUGAUCUAUUGAUGACGGACUACGAUGCGGAUCUACUGGGCCGACAGUUUGUCCUGAGAUUCAGGGUCACUGGACUCAGGAUUUUACGGAGCCCGCGAGGGUCAAGUGAUGAGAUCGCACCCAGGAAGACCGGUCUCCCCAGGAUUUCAGCGACGACUGCCGAGCCGAAAUUCAGGGUCGCUACCCCGAUUGGUGGUCCAACGGAUGUCAGCGCCGAUGAGCGGAGUCAACACCAGAGCUCUAAGAGCGAGGUGCGCUCUCGACGCUCGACGAAGUCAAUCCUGCAAUUAGCAUUACGUAUCGCAGCGUUCUUCAUCGAUGUGCGAGCCUAG